CCGAUGUGCCCAGGCGCCCCAGAGCGGCAAGAGGCAGCGCGUAAGCAACAGCCGGGCGAUGCGCCCCACCGGCGCUGGUAGGAGCCGCUUUCUCCUUAGCUGCUGCGCUCUACCCCGAGGCGCCAGGAAGCGCUGAGCUGCAGGCGAGCGGCCGGGUGUCCAGGGAGGACGCAGGCGGCGGAGGCGCAAGGAGGGCGCCCUGCGCCGACAGUCCCACUGGCUCCCCUCAGCUGGGAUGUUCCCCAAUGGCACCGCCUCUUCUCCUUCCUCUUCUCCUAGCCCAAGCCCGGGCAGCUGCGGUGAAGGCGGCUGCAGCAGGGGCGCUGGGGCCGGCGCUGCGGACGGCAUGGAGGAGCCCGGACGAAACGCGUCCCAAAACGGGACCUUAAGCGAGGGGCAGGGGAGCGCCAUCCUCAUCUCUUUCAUCUACUCCGUGGUGUGCCUGGUGGGACUAUGUGGCAACUCCAUGGUCAUCUAUGUGAUCCUGCGCUACGCCAAGAUGAAGACGGCCACCAACAUCUACAUCCUAAACCUGGCCAUUGCUGAUGAGCUGCUCAUGCUCAGCGUGCCCUUCUUGGUCACCUCCACAUUGUUGCGCCACUGGCCCUUCGGUGCGCUGCUCUGCCGCCUCGUGCUCAGCGUGGACGCUGUCAACAUGUUCACCAGCAUCUACUGUCUGACAGUGCUUAGUGUGGACCGCUAUGUGGCUGUGGUGCACCCCAUCAAGGCUGCUCGCUACCGUCGACCCACCGUGGCCAAGGUGGUGAACUUGGGCGUGUGGGUGCUAUCGCUGCUUGUAAUCCUGCCCAUCGUGGUCUUUUCCCGCACUGCGGCCAACAGCGACGGCACGGUGGCCUGCAACAUGCUCAUGCCCGAGCCUGCCCAGCGCUGGUUGGUGGGCUUCGUGUUGUACACAUUUCUCAUGGGCUUCCUGCUGCCCGUCGGGGCCAUCUGCCUGUGUUAUGUGCUCAUCAUCGCCAAGAUGCGCAUGGUGGCUCUCAAGGCCGGCUGGCAGCAGCGCAAGCGCUCAGAGCGCAAGAUUACUCUAAUGGUGAUGAUGGUGGUGAUGGUGUUUGUCAUCUGCUGGAUGCCUUUCUACGUGGUGCAGUUGGUCAACGUGUUCGCUGAGCAGGACGACGCCACCGUGAGCCAGUUGUCGGUCAUCCUUGGCUAUGCUAACAGCUGUGCCAACCCCAUUCUCUACGGCUUCCUCUCGGACAACUUCAAACGCUCUUUCCAGCGCAUCCUGUGCCUCAGCUGGAUGGACAACGCCGCCGAGGAGCCGGUCGAUUACUACGCCACGGCCCUCAAGAGCCGUGCCUACAGCGUGGAGGACUUUCAGCCCGAGAACCUGGAGUCGGGAGGAGUCUUUCGUAAUGGCACUUGCACUUCCCGAAUUACCACGCUUUGAACUGGGGCCCUGCAGGGAGAGGGAGAGUGAGGAGAAGGGAAGGCCGGGUACGAGUGGGUGUUAUCCGGGGCACCCGGGUGCCCUGAGUGUGUUAGCGGUCUAGGAUACCGCGCGCCUCGAGUGGAUGGAACUGGGAAAGUGGUUGUGAUCACGGUAGAAUUGAGAGCUUUGCUUAUAAACUGGGAAGGCUUUGGGCAAUCUUCUCGGACUCCCGCUUUUCCUCCCCUUCCUACACUGCACUUGCUCCUCCAAACUCCUCAAUUCCCCCACA